AUGGCACAACAACGCAUUGGUGAGCUAUGGUCAAUCACCUCACUCAUCGUGUCUAGCAUUUGCGACUUGCAAGAGAAGUUCCGGCCUGCCAUUUAUGAAUUCCCCAAGGUAGUCUCAACAGCGCAAAAGCUGCUCCGAGCGAGCCAGGUCUUAAACAUACCUGUCUUCGCCACUACACAAAACAAGGCCCGACUCGGCGAGACAUGCCCAGAACUCGGGCUAGAUGCGCAAGGCGGCGUCAAGACCGAAUGCCAUAUUGAUAAGACGCUGUUCUCCAUGAUCACACCCGACGUCAAGAAAGCUCUCGAUAAGCUAAACGCUACUGGCCCACUUUCGUGCAUUAUCGUCGGCAUCGAGAGUCACAUCUGCGUCACACAAACCACCAUCGAUCUGCUUCGAGCGGGACACAAGGUCUACGUCAUCGCAGAUGGAGUCAGCAGCUGCAACAAGGAGGAAGUCCCAAUCGCGUUGGCACGGUUGAGGCAUGAAGGUGCAGUAGUGACUACGAGCGAGAGCAUAAUGUACGAAUGCGUGGGAGAUGCUGGAUCAGAUGAGUACCAGAUUAUUAAAAUCGUCAAAGAGAAUUCCCAGAGCACGAAAGAUGUUCUGCAGACUCUGUGUAAGAUUUGAAAUGCAAUAGUUAAGCUACCAUAUUGGUUCAGAUGUUUCUCAAGGUCGAACAAGUCGAUA